UUUCUUCCACUUGGUUAUUCACAUACACACUUGCUCGUAAUGGCAGCUACCGACAUUGCAGUCAUGUCCGAGGUCGACGUCUCUGAAAACGGUGGUCUGGUGCAGUCUUUGAAGGAUUGUGCUGGCGGAACCGUGGGUGGUAUCAUGCAAGUCCUUGUUGGUCAGCCUUUCGAUACCGUCAAAGUGCGUCUCCAAACACAAUCGACCACGAACCCUGUCUACAGCAGCAUGAUGGACUGUGUGCGCAAGACUCGAGAAAAGGAGGGCUUGCGUGGAUUCUACAAGGGAACUACAACGCCGUUGGUUGGUAUCGGCGCCUGCGUUUCAAUCCAAUUCGUUGUCGUCGAAUACAUGAAACGCCGUUUCACGCAAGAUAACCAUGGCUCGCCAUUGACAAACGCACAGAUGUACAUGGCCGGUGCUGCUGGCGGUAUCGCCAACUCGGUCGUCUCUGGUCCCGUCGAACAUAUCCGUACCCGCCUCCAGGUUCAGACCGGCGGUACAGGCUACAGCGGCCCCAUCGACUGCAUCCGUCAGAUCUACCGGUCGCAUGGCAUCCAAGGUAUCUACAAGGGACAAGGCAUCACCAUGGCACGUGAGUUCCAGGGUUACGGUGCCUACUUUUUUGCAUACGAGUGGCUGGUACGCCGCUCCAUGGAGAAGUCGGGUUUGAAGUCGCGUGCCGAGCUGCCAUCGUGGGAGGUUUGCUUGUACGGUGCUGGCGCCGGUUAUGCUAUGUGGUUGACCAUUUAUCCCAUGGAUGCCGUAAAGUCCAAGUUGCAAACGGAUGCAUUUGGUGCUGCUCGCAAAUACGCCUCCACCUUGGACUGUGUCAAAAAGACCAUGGCAGCUGAGGGCGUCGCCGGCUUUUUCCGUGGAGUGGGUCCUUGCUUGCUUCGUGCUGCUCCUUGCAAUGCUGCUACUUUCAUGGGCUUUGAACUUGCCAUGCGCGUCAUCAACUAAGUGCCAUAAGCACAACCUCCAUGUAGACUUAUAUUUCUUGUUCUGCUCUUUGUUUCUUCUUCUAAUAUCACAGAUAUCUUCUCCUAGCAUCAUCUUCUUCAUCUACUGUAGUAACCUCUAUUCUUUUCUUUUAUUUUGCUUUUGUAAUAAUACACAUUAUCGUAUAUAAACAUGCUGCUCUACUUUUGGGCAUAUGAUUCGA